GCAGAAAGGGACAAGAGCUGAGUUCUCCAGGGUGCACAAGAGAGAGCUUCUGCUGGAAGGGGACAAGAGCUGAUUUUUAUUCCUCCAGGUUGCCAGAGAGAGAGAGAGAGAGAGGUUUUGCCGAAAGGACAUGAGCUGACUUCUUCAGGUUGUUCAAGAGAGAGACGGAGUGAGCUUUUGAUGAAGGAGACUAGAGCUGACUUUUCCAAGUUGCUCAAGAGAGGGAACGGUUUUGCACAAAGGAGACAAGAGCUGACUUCUCCAGGUUGAGAGAGAGAGAGCUUUUACAGAAAGGAGACCAGCUGACUUCUCCAGGGUGCUCAAGAGAGAAGGAGCUUUUAAGGAAGGAGACAAGAGCUGACUUUUCCAGGUUGCUAGAGAGAGAGAACUGGCAGGAAGGAGACAAGAACUGACUUUUCCCAGUUGCUUGACAGAGAGAGAGAGAGAGGGAGAAAAUUUUUGUACAAAGGAAACAAGAGCUGACUUCUCUAGGGUGCUCAAGAGAGAGAAAACUGGCAGGAAGGGGACAAGAGCUAACUUCUCCAGGGUGUUCAAGCUCUUUGCUGGGACCGUGGGCAAAUGGAGUGCUUUUCUAGCCCUUGCAACAUACUUUUAAACAAAUAGCUUUUGACUCCAGGUCCCAUCUUGCAGAAUGGCACUUGUCCGGUAGUUUUAGCUUUCGCAUUGGAGCUCAAUGCCUCAGCCUCCUGGCUACUACGCUGAUGCUGCCUUGUCGGGUUGUAUUAGGUUACCAAGUUAUAUUGAAAAUGUAAAUGCUUCCAUUGAGGAGGAAACUGACUGAUGUAAAACAGGGUUUGCAAAUGAGGAUUUGUGUGUUGGGUUUUAUUUUAUUUUUUGAACAGCUUCACUGUGGAGGUGAGCCAGUAGUAGUUGUAGCUGUGAUGGUCCAGGAAUGAGGGGAGAGGCAACGAUUUCUUUGGGCGGUACCUUUCACUGGAUCAGCUGCGUAGCUGGGAGAGAGUUAGGCAAGAUGUUCUUCCGAAUGAAAGACAUUCUUUUUCAGAAGAAGUUAGCAGUGUAUGCCAAGAUGCAAGAAUCUCUGGAGGUGACCCUUCCCAGCAAACAAGAGGAAGAUGAGAAAGACCAGCCUGCUGAGAUGGAGUACCUUAACUCUCGCUGUGUCCUUUUCACUUACUUCCAGGGAGACAUUGGUUCAGUAGUGGAUGAGCACUUCUCAAGAGCUUUGAGCCAAGCCAGCAGCUUCAACCCAGAAACUGCCCUUUCAAAAAGCAAAGCAGGUCUGAGUCCUCUAUGGAGAGAGAGCUCAACGAUUUCAAGUCAACGGAGCAGUUUUCCAACUUCAUUUUGGACUGGCUCCUAUCAACCUCCACCAUGUUUGAGUGGAGCUCAUCCUGACUUCCCUGUUACUGCAUCAAGCACCUUCCCAACAGCAGAUCCUAGCAGCUGGCCAGGACACAGCCUUCAUCACACUGCCCCGCCUCCUGCUCCUGCUGCAUCAGAUUCCUGGCAUUAUCCUUUAACAUCUCAGGUGAGCCCUUCAUAUGCACACAUGCAUGAUGUGUACAUGCAUCGCCAUCACCCCCAUCCACACAUGCACCAUCAUCACCCCAGCUCACACCAUGACCCCCGAUAUGGAUCCCUGCUGAUGCCUUCAGUACGUGCAGCCAGGAUUCCUGCUCCGCAGUGUGACGUGACAAAGACAGACCCUACUGCUGUCACCAGUGCUACCUCAGCAUGGGCUGGAGCCUUUCACGGAACAGUGGACAUAGUACCAAGUUUUGGUUUUGAUGCAGUAGGUCUACAGCACCAGGAGAAGACCAAGGAAUCUUCUUGGUUCUGAAGUUCACACAUAGCUUAACACGAGCUAGAGUUGGAAUCCCCACAGCUGGCAUGGAGAUACUGCACUGGUUGACUGUUUCAAAGGACUCUCUGCUGAAGGGAAGAUGAAGAGCCAGCCAUUAUGCUUUUGCAAUUGAGCCUUUUCCUUUAAGACCAUUUCUAGGUCCCAGAACAUUGAAGAAAAAAAAUGCAUUUUUCCCCUCUUUCCUCAUCUGAGCCUGCUGCAGCUGAGCAAUCUAACUCCUUUUUUGCUCCUCUUACAGUAUUUUGUUCAGCCUGAUGUUUUUAUGAACUGCUUUGAUCGUCAGGAGAAGAUUCUGCCUCGACUACACUCAUCCUUUCAGGAAUACAGUAUUUGUAUCUCUUUGUGCAUCUAUUUUUGUAGAAAUACAGAAAGCUUGGUUAAGGAUCGAUGGCAAUUUUAGGAUGACAUAUUUUUUUUUAAAAAAAUUGUAAAAUUGUUAAGUUCUGUUUAAAGAACUUGCUCUCAGAGAAGCACUGGCAAAAAUGUAUAAAAUGCUUAUUUUUAGAUGUC